AUGUCAUCAUUGAAAAAGCUGUUCAGACGCAAGAAGGCCGUUAGCUCUCAAAGUCUGCCGGAAACGAGAUCUCCCCUGGCUUCCGAGGCCGCAGGAUCGGAACUGAAGGUGCCUCAGUCUGUGCCUUUGUCAGGCACGAGAACGUACUCCGAUUCGCUUCGGAACUCCAGGAACCCGCGCAGGAGCGUGACUCCAGACUCCAAAAGGCUCUCCUCGCUGCCCACCACCUUCUUGAGACAAGGAAACAAUCCCACACCUCGUUCCCUGUCGCUGGGAAACUCAAUCACAGAUCCCUCAGAAAAUAUAGCCAAACUGCCAGAAGAACUGGUGCCGGUGGUCACUCUUCUCCACGCGCAGCAGGCUCGCUUGUACUGCGAGAUGAACGUCCGAGUUCCUGUCGAGGAUGACCAAGUAUCCACCUCCGUUUCAAAAAUGUCGUGGACUUGUGUCAGUGCAAAAUUGAGCGGAACAGAGCUGGCAAUCUGGGAAGUCGACUCCAUCACGGCACAGGAACUUCGAAACGACGACAAUGGCGGCUUCAAGCCCGUCUACAUCAACCUGUUAGACGCUCAGUACGUGUACCUUAGCGAGGGCGACAUACACGAAAUAAAAAUUAUUCUCACAGAGUCCAAAGCGUACCUGCUGAGGUUCGACUCCAAGAACGAUCUCGACUACUUUUAUGCCGCGCUUCUACUGGCUCAGUUUGAAAACAGACAGCUUCAAGAGAGCUUCACCGGUGCCCUUUUUUCCAGCAAAGCAAUCCAUUUUUCAGAUAUCCGUACACUACUUGCCCCUUCGAACAAUAACCUAAAAGAAGAAUGGUGUGUUUUACGGUUCCCAUUUUUAAACGACAAAUGGAUCCGGUGCUAUGUGGUGGUAACCCCCAACGUGGGUUCGAAGAAACCGGGUAACGUGAAGAUAUACACUUCGACGUCCAAGAAUAAAAAGCAUCUGUUGGCUUCGAUCAAAAACGCCCGGUCGUGCGUGGCAAUGUACCCGGAAAAUCCCGAGUUCAUCGAUAACAACUCGCUGAUCCGCCUGAACGGCCAAAUAUACAUCAACCAGCAGCUGCUCGAGAAAGUGGUCUCUGGCAAGGUGGACACGUCCGCCCACGGCCAUUCGCGCAGCAGGUCGGGUUCGGGAGUUGUCAGGAAGCUGUCGAACUCGUCGCUGAUCUCGGCAAGAAAUAGAGACAUGCAGAAAUCGCCUAAUCACUCGCGUUCCGGCUCGCUGCAGAAGGCCGGUCUGCACAAGAGAGUGAGCUCCACGCUCUCAAUGGACUCUGGCAAGAAGAAAAUCGACCUCAAGGAAGUGGACUUCGUGUACCUGAUCCCCGAGUCGCAUUCUGCAGUCAAGCCCACAGAGAUCAUGAUCAGACUGCUGAUUCCGCUGAUGAACUCGUUCAGACUGUAUGGAAGACCUAACAAAUUCAUCUCCAGCCGCGACAACCGAGACUCGUUGCUCUUCGGGCUGCCACAGCUACCACAUACCCAGUACCUGGAUACCGAGCUCGCAUACCAGCUGGUUUCCCUCAACAUUGCCAACUCGCUGGCCGAAGAAUGGAGUGGUUGGGACUGGAUGCAAGUGUUCAAGGAGAUGGUGUUCCAUAAGAUGUCUACGGGAUGGCAAGGCUCUGGCUCGCUCAUCGAGACGUUCAAGGACGGCAUGGUAUACAGCAAGGCGAAAUUGGAGGAGUACGAGAACUUUGACGACAUGUUCGACGAUCCUAUCGAGGACUUUGUGGAUUUGGCAGACUCCAGGUCCGACUCUCUGGAACUGAUCCCACCUCCUAGUUUGACCAGCCCCUUGGUACACCAGCACGACUCGCCCCAGAGCAAUUACUACAACGCCGUCGAGAGCCCGAACCUCGACUCCUACGACCGCGUAGCUCCCCCGACCGUGCCGGCCUGA